CGUUAAUGUGGCCCAAACGACAAUGCCAAAGGUAUGUGAGAUUCAAACUGUUUGGUUUGCUUCUCUUAACAUCUACGUUAUAAACAGUGGCGUCUAAGUCUAAGAUAUAAAGACCAUUGGUCAUCUUAGCAGUUGCAUAGUAAAUAUCAUUUCUGAAAACCGAAAGGCACUUGUCUUUGACGUUAAUAGAAAAUCCUGCUUGGUCAAGACAGGACACAGAAAUGAUAUUCCUGCUAAUUGCAGGUACAAACAAACAAUUGUUUAAAUGCAACAACAAGCNAGGUCAAAUGAAUCAAGUACGCCAGAGUGACGUAACUUAGAUAUGCGUUUCUCGUUAAUGUGGCCCAAACGACAAUGCCAAAGGUAUGUGAGAUUCAAACUGUUUGGUUUGCUUCUCUUAACAUCUACGUUAUAAACAGUGGCGUCUAAGUCUAAGAUAUAAAGACCAUUGGUCAUCUUAGCAGUUGCAUAGUAAAUAUCAUUUCUGAAAACCGAAAGGCACUUGUCUUUGACGUUAAUAGAAAAUCCUGCUUGGUCAAGACAGGACACAGAAAUGAUAUUCCUGCUAAUUGCAGAAAAAUACUCUAUGGAUGUUAAAGCUAUUAGACAAACACAAUCUCUCAAUGUUAUGUCUCUUGAUGAACUGAUGGGGAACUUAGAAACCAUUGAGUUGGAGAUGCAUGAAGAUCUACGACGUAAAAAACAGCAUGUCAUCCUCGUUGAAAAAGAGAAGCAGUGUGUUAAAGACAGUGCUGGAACAUGCUGUGCUUUUCCAACUUUCCAUAGUGUUGACGGUGACUCUGAUAGUGACGUAGAUCCAAGGGAGAUGCUUAUAAUUGUUGAAGAAAAAUUUCAAGAGUCUCUACGGGUCAACAAGAAAAAAUGUUUGGAAAAUGAUAGCCUCAAACGUGAACUUGCUGAAUCAAAACGCGAUGUGGAACAACUCAUCAAAGAGUUACAGAGAUACAAAGAUCCAAGGGAGAUGCUUAUAAUUGUUGAAGAAAAAUUUCAAGAGUCUCUACGGGUCAACAAGAAAAAAUGUUUGGAAAAUGAUAGCCUCAAACGUGAACUUGCUGAAUCAAAACGCGAUGUGGAACAACUCAUCAAAGAGUUACAGAGAUACAAAGGUAAAGUUACAGCAGAGGAUGACAGAGAGGAUGACAGAGAGGAUGAUACAGAAGAUGACACAGAGGUUGACACAGCAGAAGAGCUAGCUAUGCUCCAAAGGAAGUGGGUAGAACUUGUUCAAGCCAACCAAAAAACUGUCUUGGAGAAUCAUCAUCUUGUUGCCGAGCGCAAUGGACUAAAGGAGAGUAUUUCAGAACUAGAAAAGAAGAUUGAAGACUUAGAAGGGCAACAAUCAGAUCUCAAACUGCAGGCAUUGGAAAAGAGUGUGGUUGAGCUCCUGGGGUCCAUUACGGCAGAAGUUACAUUGGGAGGGGAUGGCCAGUUUGUUCCAAAUCAUCUUGCUAACGAGAGAUGUAGGUUUAGACUCCCUCCAAGUGUGGUAUGCGACCUUGGUGGUGAAAGGCUCUCCCUCCCACGUCUCAACGUUAUUUGUGUUGUGAACAUGCUGAAUGGCCCAUGAAUGUAUCCGUGCAGCUCUCUUCCAGGUAACUGUGUCAGUAGGGCAUUCAUUAAAAGAUGAUGGACGGUAUUUGCUCCUCAUGUAAUCUCCCCAUAAGCCAUGAGAGUUCCUUAUCUUCCACCAUAUUUUGGCCGAGUAUGCAGCUUCAAUGUCCUCCAGGUGCCUGAGGCCUAAACCACCCUCAUGUUUUGGGAAGCAUAAACUACGCCAGGAUUU